AUGUCGCCUCUCGCAAGAAGUCCGUAUUUCGCGACACUGCUCAAGUUCCACUCUUCGCCUGUGAAAAUGGCUCGAAACAUUCAAGCGCUCCGCCACGGCUUAGAUCCAUCUCCAGCGGGUUAUGAAGCUCAACUCACCUACAAGCAUUCUGCUGGUUAUUUCCAUCCUUCAAAACUCCGUUCAAUCUCAUUGCACAAUUUUCCGGUCUCAGGGUUGCAUUCCACAAAGUAA